CCCGAGGCCGCGCCCCCUGUCUCUGCCGCCACCAUCGCUGCAGCCGCAGCCACCGCCGUCGUAGCCCCAACCUCGACGGUCGCGGUGGCCCCAGUCGCAUCAGCUUUGGAGAAGAAGACAAAGAGUAAGGGGCCCUAUAUCUGCGCCCUGUGCGCCAAGGAGUUCAAGAACGGCUACAAUCUCCGGAGGCACGAGGCCAUCCACACGGGAGCCAAGGCUGGCCGGGUCCCCUCGGGUGCUAUGAAGAUGCCCACCAUGGUGCCCCUGAGCCUCCUGAGCGUGCCCCAACUGAGCGGAGCCGGCGGAGGAGGGGGAGAAGCGGGUGCCGGCGGCGGAGCGGCCGCAGUGGCUGCUGGUGGCGUGGUGACCACAACCGCCUCGGGAAAGCGCAUCCGGAAGAACCACGCCUGUGAGAUGUGCGGCAAGGCCUUCCGCGACGUCUACCACCUAAACCGACACAAGCUGUCGCACUCUGACGAGAAGCCCUACCAGUGCCCGGUGUGCCAGCAGCGCUUCAAGCGCAAGGACCGCAUGAGCUACCACGUGCGCUCACAUGACGGCGCUGUGCACAAGCCGUACAACUGCUCCCACUGUGGCAAGAGCUUCUCCCGGCCGGAUCACCUCAACAGUCACGUCAGACAAGUGCACUCAACAGAACGGCCCUUCAAAUGUGAGAAAUGUGAGGCAGCUUUUGCUACGAAGGAUCGACUGCGGGCGCACACAGUACGACAUGAGGAGAAGGUGCCAUGUCACGUAUGUGGCAAGAUGUUGAGCUCGGCUUAUAUUUCGGACCACAUGAAGGUGCACAGCCAGGGCCCUCACCAUGUCUGUGAGCUCUGCAACAAAGGCUUCACCACGGCAGCAUACCUGCGCAUCCACGCGGUGAAGGACCAUGGGCUCCAGGCCCCGCGGGCUGACCGCAUCCUGUGCAAGCUGUGCAGCGUGCACUGCAAGACCCCUGCCCAGCUGGCCGGCCACAUGCAGACCCAUCUGGGGGGGGCCGCCCCCCCUGUCCCGGGAGAUGCCCCCCAGCCACAGCCCACCUGCUGAGGGGGACCCCGCACCCACCAGGUACCGGUGAGGUCUGUCCAAUGGCGGCGGCAGCGGCGGCAGCAGCAGCGGCGGCGGCGGCGGCAGCGGCAGCAGCUGCUGCAUCAGUGGCAGCCCCUCCCACAGCUGUGGGUUCCCUCUCGGGGGCUGAGGGGGUGCCUGUGAGCUCUCAGCCACUUCCCUCCCAGCCCUGGUGAGCUCCAGGUUGGUGAGGGGAGAGGGGAGAAUGGAGGAAAGUCCCUUGGUACCAUCUCCUUUUCCCCCUCUCUCUUCCCACCAACUUCUCACUGCUUCCCUCACCACCCAAAGCCUCCUGAAGGAAAGGAGGAAGAAAUGUUUUCUUAGGGGAAUUCACUAGGUUUUAACGAUUUGUUUCUCCUGCUCCUCUCUUCUCCCUAUCAGACCUGACCCUGCACACACCUGUCCCCUUGGUUGUGUUAAAGCCCCCUGGACAGUGGAUAGGGGUGGCAGAGGACAAGAGUGGCCACUGCCCUCAUCCCCUCUUCUCUUUGUAAACCACUGCCCUACCCUUCCAGGGAUUUGUGAGCCUUCUCCCUUGAUGGUCCUUCUUGCUCUCCUCCUUCCAGUCCUGCCCUACUGUCUGCUGCCCCUCCCUGGGGAAUUGGUGCUUUUUUUUUUUUUUUCAGGGGGAGGGAGGAGAGGAAGGAGGGGAAUCAAAGAUUCUGUCUCAGAGAAGCAGGAAAAGGUGAGAUUGGAGAAGGGGCAGAAGCAGGGAAGUUAAAGGUUAUACUUUUAUAAGGUGGGGUCAUUUGGGGUCAGGCCCUAAGCACCCUACUUGAGAAUCUGUCAGGGGGAAACAAGUCAAGGGGAGCAAAAGAAGGAGCCACUAGGGCCAGAGGCAGGACAAGAGAUGGAACCUUAGGGGGCCAGGGUAAAUGGGAGGAUCCAGGGGGUAGAGGUGCUUCCUGGGGGUGGGGGAAUGCAGCUGCAGUGUCUCCCCCUUCCCUCUUCCACCCCAGCUCCAGCCUGGCCUUUUCUUUUCAUCCCUCUCCCCCAAGACAGAAGCUGUGGCCCUGGCCAUGUCAUCGUGUUCCUGUGUCCCUUGCAUGUUCCCCACCCUUCACCCCCUCCUUUUGUGCAGAUCCCAUAACAAUAAAUUUUAAAUAAAAACCUG